AUGACAAGAUACACAAAGCUAGGCCGCAAGAAGCAUGUCAAAGCCGAUGAUCAGUUCACGGUAACCCCAUUGGCACCCAAGAAACAACAAGAAGGUGACGACAACAAGCCUGCAAACAACAGUCGAGCUUCCAACGAUCGUCGACCCAAGCGUAAACAUAACUCAGGUAACGCUGACCGAUCGGAUAAAGAAGCUGAUAAACGCAAGAAACGUCGUCAAAUGAAAAAGGAAAAGAGCACAGUGUGUUUUGGAUGUCGACAAAAGGGUCAUUCAGUGAGCGAGUGCCCUGAGGCCAAGACCAGCGCAAAAGGCAUCUGUUACAAUUGUGGUUCAACCGAGCAUUCACUGAGCAAAUGUCGUAAGCCAAGAAAAAACAAUGAAUUACCCUAUGCCAAAUGCUUUAUAUGCAAAAAGAAUGGACAUUUAUCCGGUCAAUGCCCUGAGAAUCCUCAUGGUUUAUACCCCAACGGUGGUGGAUGCCGUUUCUGUGGACAAGUGGAUCAUUUGGCAAAGGAUUGUAAGAUAACCAAGGAGGAAGCUGGUACAACGGCUGUUGGAAAAAUCGAUUUGGACCAAGGUGCCGACGAUGAUGACUAUCACAUCUUUGUAUCUGAAAAGCAAAAGUUGGAUGACCAAACCAAGGUGGAAAAGAAGCAAGCUCAAGCACCUCCCAAGCCCAAAAAGAAGAUUGUCAAAUUUUAA